AUGAUGUAUUUCAUAACUGCUCGCCAACAAACUAAGCGACUAUCGGUAUUUGCUUCAAAGGGUAGAAGAUUCGUGGGUGCGACAAAAUCACGCAAGGCGACGUCAUACGCAAGUCAGGCCUUCGGGAAGGCCUCACAUCAGACAACUGCCAUCAUGAACUCUAACAAGGUUUUUCACAAUCAUAAUUCAGAUCUUGAAGAGAUUCUGCUCUCGUCUUCAGUUGAUAAUGUGCUUACACCUAGCUCUGGUGAUUUUUUUAAAUCUUGGAGUCUUUUCGAAGCUUGUUUGUUCUCGAAAGACUACGAAAGAGCUGAUUUGAUAUUGCAGAGCUUAGCAACCUUGAAUAACGCGUCAGAUCGGAAGAAUCCGCGCAAAUAUUUUCAUGAUGGAAUAUGCCAGUUUCUUGCUACCUGGGGCCGCAGCGAAGACGUGUCAAUGGCUGACGUGGAGAGUUGGCUAAAUACAUUUACUACGUGUGAUCCAUCAUUCAAAAAUGAACCUAGAGUAAUUGCUUGGAUCAUCAAGCUGAAAUUUGAAAAGAACGCUCCUCUUGCUGACAUUUUUGAGGAAUUUGAUCAAUACAACUUGAGGACGUUUCGGAACAAAAGGGCUGAUAUAUUAAGGUAUGUUGACGUGAUUGGUGUCAACAACGUCAGGACAUUACUUUCUUCAGAUCCGACAUUGCUUAGUGAGCUUCCCUCCGAAUAUGAAAAGUUCUUCGGUUUAUUAAUGGGAAAGCAAAAUGAAGAUACUGUUUCCGAAGAUCAUCCGACUGACCCAAACGUGGAAUUAUUGGCAGAAGCAGAUAAUGAUAUUAUAGAAACUUUUCAACAAGAAAAGUCGGCUCAAAAGGACGCAAAAGAAGGCAGAGCACCGGCAAUAGUGGAUAAUCAAAUGGAUGAACUGAUGCCCGUUUCUUCAUUCAAUUUAAAGGCAAUCAGACAUACACUUUUAGGGUUAGUAGACUCCUACAAUGGGGAUGGUCAGUUUUUAGACAAAUUCUUUGCUCUCGCAAAGCAGGAAAAGCUGAACAUCGAUUAUGAGAAGUACGAAAACUUAGAAACGAAGCUUGAUUUCUUUGAAAUGAAAUGUGCACUCCCCUUAGAGCAACACGAGAAAUUUGAUCUUAUACUAGACAUCGUUUCUGAAGAGCGUCAGAAAAGAGUGGAGUCAAACAGUGUUGAAGCUGCGAGACUGAAAUGGGAACAUGAAUUUGAAAACAUAAAAGACAAGAGCAUGCCGGCAUCCAUAGGAUCGUAUUUACAUGACUGGCUCACCAACAUGCAACCUUUAAUUGAGCAAGAGAUUGAAGAAUAUUGGGUUGCACGGAAGCUCGAGAAAGAAAAUCUGCUCGAAAAUACAUCGAGUUUUGAUAAAGAGAGGUACUCGGAGAAAUUAAAGCAUGGUCCUUAUUUGACACUGUUGAAACCUUCUAAGUCUGCAAUCACAACUAUAUUAGAAGUCAUCAAAACCUGCGUGUCCUCAGAUCUUGUUCACGGGGCCCCAGUUUCCAAGGUGGUUAUGGCAAUUGGCCGUGCUAUGGAAUUGGAAUUCAAAGCUCAAAGAUUGCUUGCUGCAGAUAUUGAUGUUAACAAGAAUUUCAAGGCUAUAAGGAAGACUCCUGAAUUCAAGAAAUUUGUCAGAGGGGCGAAAGCCUCUCAGUUGAUCCGCGAAGCUGAGAAACGAGCUGAAUCUUCUGCUGGUAAAUCAAUUGCUUUUGUCAGUUGGGAUACAGAUAGUCGGUGUCGUGUCGGCUCUGUAAUGCUUUCUCUUCUUCUGCAGGUCGCGAAAGUUGAUGUUGAGGGAACCGAUCCAGUCACCGGCGAUACUAAGACCGCUUUGGCCCCUGCAUUCUAUCACACUUAUGAUUAUCAGAAUGGGAGUAAGGUGGGUGUUAUCAAAUUAAAUAGCAAGUUCGCCUCCAAGCUAGGCACUGAAAGGGUGGACAACACUCUUCAACCUCAUUUCAUGCCGAUGAUCGCAAAACCUCGUCCAUGGACCACCCAUAAUGACGGAGGCUAUUACUUAAAGAAAUCUGCGGUGCUGAAAGCUAAGAACUCGCCAGAACAGGCUGCCUACGCCCGUACAGCCGCUAUCAAAGGUAAGAUGGAUACUGUUCUUCAAGCGUUGAAUAAUUUGGGAUCUACUGCAUGGACCGUGAAUAAGGACGUGCUCAAGAUUAUGAUUCAGGUGUGGAACACAGGAGAAGAAUUCUUGGACAUUCCCAAAUUCCGGGAAACACUUGAUUUGCCUCCUCAGCCUUCGGCAGAUGCCAGUCUUGAAGAGUUUUUCAAACACAAGAAGAAAUGCCAGCUUAUCUGUCGUGAGUUUUCGAAGGAUCGCUCGAUGAGAUGUGAUACCAACUAUAAAUUGGAAAUUGCAAGGGCGUAUGUUGGUGAACGUAUUUUCUUUCCCCAUUCUCUCGAUUUUAGAGGAAGAGCUUAUCCGAUGCCUCCGUACUUCAACCAUCUUGGAAAUGAUUUGUCGAGAGGUUUACUAAAGUUUUGGAAUGGAAAGCAGCUGGGUGAGGAAGGUUUGAGAUGGCUCAAAAUUCACGUUUGCAAUCUUAUGGGAUUCGAUAAGUUAUCGCUCGAUGACAGAGUCAAGUAUGUUGAUGAUCACCUAGGUGAGAUAUUUGAGUCAGCUAGAGAUCCUUUGGGAGGCUCUAGAAUGUGGAUGAACGCGGAGAAGCCUUGGCAAUUUUUGGCUUCAGCAAUGGAGCUGGAGCAAGCUUACAGAUUACCGGAUCCUACUAAGUUCAUCUCUCAUCAACCUGUGCAUCAGGAUGGAACUUGUAAUGGUCUUCAACACUACGCUGCGCUUGGUGGUGAUAUUGAGGGUGCCAGACAAGUCAACUUGGUGCCUGCAGACAAGCCAUCUGAUGUUUACACUCAUGUUGCUCAUCUGGUGGAAAAGUCUGUUCAGGAAGAUCUCAAGGCUGGAUCGGAUGAGGCCAAAUUAGUGAAGGACGUUAUUAGCAGAAAACUUGUUAAACAAACCGUGAUGACCAGUGUUUAUGGUGUUACGUACGUUGGGGCGCGUGCUCAAAUUACGAAGAGACUGAAGGACAUUGAGUUUGAUGAAAAAUAUAUUUCAGCGUCUUCGAGAUAUUUGACACAGAAAGUGUUCAAGGCUAUCAGAGAGCUAUUCGACAACGCGCAUGCAAUCCAAGAUUGGCUCAUAAUUGCUGCAAAGAGAAUUAGCAAAUCUGUUAGAACAGACAUCGACAUUCCCCAAGAUACCGACUACAUGUGCUCGGUUAUUUGGACGACACCCAUGGGAUUGCCUGUGGUUCAGCCUUACAGGGAAUACAAGGGAAGGCCGGUGCAGACCACGAUGCAGACAAUCACAAUUGUCGAUCCUUAUCAAGUGAAACGUGUCGACGGUCGUAAGCAGGCAAGUGGAUUUCCACCAAACUUUAUUCACUCCUUGGAUGCCACUCACAUGGUGUUGUCUGCCAAUAAAUGUUCAGAGGCAGGUCUUGUAUUUGCUUCAGUUCACGAUUCUUACUGGACUCACGCGUCAGAUGUUUCAGUCAUGAACAAGAUUCUUAGAGAGCAAUUUAUCCAUUUGCACACAAACAACUUGAUUGAAAAACUGGAUAAAGAACUUAGAAUGAGAUAUGGCAAAAAUUUGAUGGUGAUUGAGGUGAACAGUACCAGUGAUCUGGCAAUGGAGUACAAGAAACUCCGCAAUGGCUUGCUCUCAGAGCUCAAGAGAAGCCCGACUCUGAUUGAUGAGGCGAUGGCCGAGAGAAAAAGACAGUUAUUAUUGCAGUCAGACGAUAAGAAUGAUAUUGAAAGAGCGCAAAAAAUGGUCACACCGGUGACUAUCGCUGAAAAAUGCAACUAUAAAAACGAACUUGGAUUCGAGGGUAAGAAUGGCACCUCAAUUUUAGUCCCAUUUGACUUGCCACCAAUUCCUUUGAAGGGCGAGUUCGACGUGAAUGUGGUCAGAGAUAGUCCAUAUUUCUUUUCUUGA